AUUGGCUGCAUGCGGGAUUGUGGCUUGCCAGCCUUCUUGCAGGGCUCCGGUUGCCGGUGGGGGUCAGCACAUGACCUGCAGCCGGUGAGUGAGGCCGGGAAAUUUGGGACAAUGUCUCUGGGCAGGUAACUGGAUGAAAAGAUGGGCAAGAUAACUCGGGUCUUGCUGGCUUUGCUCAGUCUGAGCUUGAGCUUGGAGCUAGUCUGCACUCAGGAGCGAUGGAGUGUGUUCCGAAGGGCUUUCCGGGGGAUAAAGUACGGAGCGCCGUCUGGAGGAGACCCUGGAAAACCGCUGUUUCUAACACCUUACAUUGAAAGUGGCAAAACUGAGGAAGGAAGGCAAUUAAGUCUGGUAGGCCACCUUCCAGGACCCAGUGUGAAGAGCUAUUCGGGUUAUCUGACUGUCAACAAGACUCACAACAGUAAUCUUUUCUUCUGGUUCUUCCCUGCUCAGGUACAACCUGAAAAAGCCCCUAUCCUACUUUGGCUCCAAGGCGGACCUGGAGGAACAUCCAUGUUUGGCCUUUUUGUGGAACACGGACCGUAUGUUGUCAACAAGAAUCUCACAUUGUCUGAACGAAAAUUUCCUUGGACCUCCAAGUUUUCCAUGCUCUACAUUGACAAUCCGGUUGGAACUGGCUUCAGUUUCACAGAUGAUGACGCAGGUUAUGCAGUGAAUGAAGAUGAUGUAGGAAGAGAUUUGUAUAGUGCUCUCAUCCAGUUUUUCCAGCUCUUUCCUGAUUAUCAGAAAAAUGACUUCUACGCAACAGGAGAAUCCUACGCAGGGAAGUAUGUGCCUGCCAUCGGCUAUUAUAUCCACACCCGUAAUCCUACAGCAAAGAUAAAGAUCAACUUUAAGGGUGUUGCCAUUGGAGAUGGUCUCUGUGACCCUGAAUUGAUGUUUGGUGGCUAUGCAGAAUUGUUAUAUCAAAUUGGCUUGUUGGAUGAGAAGCAGAAGGCGUUUUUCCGGCAGCAGACUGAUCUGGCAGUAAUCUACAUCCAGCAGAAGAAAUGGAGAGAAGCCUUUGAAGUGUUUGAUGUUCUGUUGAAUGGCGAUGAAAUUGGAACUGCUUCCUUCUUUCAGAACGCCACAGGCUGUAGCAACUACUUCAACUUCAUGAAGUGCCAGGAACCUGAGGAUCAGGAAUACUUUGGACAGUUGUUAACAUUGCCAGAAAUAAGGAAGUCUAUCCACGUUGGCAACCUGACAUUUCAUAAUGGCUCCACGGUUGAGAAACAUUUGCUUGAAGAUGUGAUGCAGACAAUAAAACCAUGGCUGGCUGUUCUAAUGGAUAACUACAGGGUUCUCUUGUACAGUGGACAACUUGAUAUCAUUGUGGGAGCCCCACUGACGGAACGGUUUCUGCCGACUGUGCCGUGGGCCAAAGUGGAAGAGUACAAGAAUGCCGAGAGAGUUGUAUGGAGGGUGCGUGCUAAAGAUCCAGACGUUGCUGGCUAUGUGCGCCAAGCAAGUGAAUUUUAUCAGGCCAUUGUUCGAGGCGGAGGACACAUCCUGCCCUAUGACCAGCCAGAAAGAUGUUUGGACAUGAUCGACAGAUUUAUAUCAGGGAGGGGAUUCAAAGCCUAAUGGGCACUGAAAUCUCAGCUUCAGUGCUGCAGCUCUUCUGAAUUCUCCACAAGAGAUUUUAGGGGCCGAUAGGAAAACUUGUACUGUGUAUAAAUAAACUGUUUUAAUCUGCUCAGUUACAA